AUGCCAACCUUAGCAACGCCCAAUCCCCCAUCAAGGAAUCCAUCAGCCAAGAAGAGAAAGUAUGACCAGCUUGACCCGCCACCGCCACCAUUACCGCCCAAUGGCUUCGUUCUUUACAUCGCGCUGGACGCACUGCCACCUGCCAAGCGUCGUUGUGGAGUGCUGGAUUAUCGCUGGACUCUUCUCCUGGCACCCGAAGACAAGCCAGAAACUCACGGAAGACAGUAUCUCAUCCGCGAGAUUAGCCCGAAGAUCGAUCCUCGUGAUGGACCUGGAAGUAGCAAAGGGCUCGGAAUACCAGGCCGAGGGUUCGAAGAGCCAGGCCUGGAGCAGCAACGCAGGCGCGUCGAAAGGUUCCUCGCAUCCACCCCGUCCGAAGAUACAGACCAUGGGAAUUCGAGAUCCAGGACGUCUGCAUGCAAUCAUCCGGAGAGGCACGAGUCAGGAUACAGCUGCCGCGGGUCUCGGACAAGGGUUGACUGGAACCCUGUCAGGUGGAUGGGAGUUGCCUGGACUGCACUGGCAGAAGCUGGAGAUGUGCUUGGCGUAGGAGGACUGAAGUCGGAGCCGGUAGGCUGGGAGACGGUGCAAAAGACGGUGAUGGAGUUCGUCACGGCGUAG